AUGAUCUUCCGGAAAGUCGCGCUAGUUUCACGCUCUGUCAACACAAUUGCUCGCUGCCACUUCACGAUUGCGACUAACGCAAAAAUCAAUGGCAAUAAUCGUGACAAGCCGCCCAAUGAUACGCUCAGCUACGUUCCAGAGAAUUCAGAUGGAAGAUUUUAUAUCGAACAAUUGAAUGAGCAAUGGCGCUCGACAAUUGCAGGUCAGAAGUUCCAUCCAAAUGAUAUCAUUGGGUCAGCGCUGGGUUCAGUAUACUCCGAACCAACUCGAUUUACCGUCCAGGUUACACCUGACAAACACAUGUAUUUUACGGGCGGACUUGAGUUUGUAAACCACAGCUGUGAUCCUAACACACGCAUUGAUAUAAGUGAGAGCGAAGCCAAAGUAUCGUUUAUUGCGAUCAAACCCAUCAACCAGGGCGAACCUCUAACGUUUGACUAUUCGACAAGUGAAUGGGACAUGGACGAGAAAUUCAAGUGCAGUUGUGGUUCUUUUUCCUGUCGUGGUGACAUUAAAGGUGCCAAGUAUCUGACUGACGAUGAAGUUACUGCUCGCUUGCCUUACUUCACACCAAGUGUUUUGCGCCAGUUGCUAAAUCGCAAAUUAACUUGCUAG